GCCUGCAUCACUUAGACACCAGCGGAGUCCCGGCAUGGGACGGUUUUAACAACGAGGCUAAACCUAAACUGCUGGCUGUUUCUAUCAUUCUCUUUUUCUUGAACUGAACACGAUGCUGGCGAAUGCUACAGUCGAAGUGUUCAGACUGGCAAAGUCAAGUGUUAUCCAGGCAUCUGUCACGCUGUUGACCUUCCCAGUCCAAUUGCUAGGUCGCAUACGGAAAUUGGGCACAGAUGACAGAUGGAUGCACGGCUCCGAGAGUCUAUUCGUCUUCGGAGUUAAGCAUGACCUGUCCGAUGAAUUCCUGUUAUCACAGUCUCCUCCCCCACCUGUAUCUGCCCCUUUACCAGGUCCAUGGAGCUUUCUGACGUCUUGGUAUGUUUUUGGAUUGGUCAUUAUGGCGGUUCUCUUACAUCGCAUACGGAACAUCGUAGUGCCCAGGGACGAAUUCAUGACCCGUUUCACUCGCACUACAAGGCUCCGUGCAUUCCCAUACUCUGCUAUCCAAUCUAUCUUCCCCCUGGAUCUGUCGUCUUCAGUAACUCGUCUCGUGCUUCGUUCGCCCUCGCUAUACUUCGUUUCCAAGAUGGUCGUUAUAUGGUUCAUCGUUCUCGCUCAAGCAGCAGACAAGUUUCCAACGUGGAACUUGUCAUGGUUGCAGUCAGCGGGGACUUAUGUCGCCAAGAGAGAAACUGCGGAUCUCUGCUGGUCCACUUUUUGUGCUGUUUGUGGUGUUUUAUGCAUGGAAGGACUAACACAUGGUUUGGAAGGCGGUGCACACCGCCCUUCGCCAUUUAAUCUGCUUGGCUAUGCUUUUCUUUUGCACACAUACUCUUCCCCAGUGACUCACUGGAUAACGCUCGAAGGCUCGACUUCACGGCCAGACAAGCAUGUUGUAUUUACUAUUCUGUUACCUUUGCUUCAGCUCACAAUCAUCCACUUGAUUGGGACUAAGCAAGAUUGGUCGUCCCAUCGCCUCUUUCCAUCGGCGUUCGUGUCGCUUCUUGCACUCAUCCACUUCCAUUCAGUUCUAUGGCUAUCGGACUCAUCUUAUCCUCUGCUCAGCUAUGUGCCUUGCCUGUUUGAAUCUUCCCUUCUAGCCGUCAUAUUUCUGGCUCUAUUCCUCAAUGCCUUUACCCAAAUUGCUACGGAGGGUAAAGUCUCUCGUCUCCUAUUUGGCCACCAAGCUGCUCUUAUUCCGCAAUGGGAUGAAGACUUCUCGGUCGCAUUGUUACGCAUGGGUACGGCAAGCCUCGAGGCCUCGAGUGUAUUGGGCCUUGGGAAUCAAGUGGGCGGUGUUACUGCGGUCACGCCCCUUCCCCUGAACGAUGGAACUUUGGAACUGAAUCGGUUGGGGGUGGUUUCGCUUUCUCCAGCUGUCGAAGGCCCCAUCAAACGCCGUCGUUUCAAGAAGGGUUUUUCCAAUGAAGUCAAGACCAUCAAGGUCACAACGACUGGAGGAGAUAUCUGGUUUGAUACGGCUUGGUGCAGGGAUCUUGCAAGACUCGGAAUGAGUUUGGUGCAAUGUGCCAGAGGGCUGAUAAUGAAAUCUUGGAAUGCACUCAGACGAAGGUCGCGAAAGCCGCCCAACUUCCCUCCUCGACGUAUAGUGGUCAGAAACGAGGCCACUACGAGUGAGCGGAAUCAAGAUUUAGAUGCUGAAGAGGCCGAAGAACAAGAAGAAUUGUACAAACGAUUCAUUAGGGGAGAACCCAUGGACGAAGACGAUGAAGAUUUUGAAUAUCACCCGCCGGAAACGGAGCGGAACGGGUCCACUAGCCCCAGUCCGUCGAGGUCCGAGCAUGGCAGCGAGGAGGAGGAGGAGGAGGAAGGAGAAGAGGUUCCAGGGCAAGUAACAGACGAGAUUGUCAACUUGUUUUCGGACCUCUCUUCCACUCCCUCAGCCAUGACUUCUGCCUCGGUCUUGAUGGCACAUAUGACCCAUAAUUCGACAUUGCCAAUGACAAGACAGCGAUUCGAGCACCUGAUGUCGACGCCUUCUCAACGGAGUGACAGUUUCCUGAGCGACUGGUCGGACGUUGCUGCAAUCCGACGACCAUUUUCCAGCGGGACUGGAACAACACAUGAAGACUCGCAGGACACAAUGAGAAACUGUGUGAUAUGCACAGUCGAGCCACGGCAAAUCAUAUGUUGGCCAUGUCGAUGUCUCGCUGUGUGUGAUGACUGCCGCGAAAAUCUUGCGUCACGUUCGUCUGCAUCUACUCACACGUGCCCUUGCUGUCGAAGAAACGUGGAUGGGUAUUCGAAGAUCUACAUCCCCUAAUGUGAAGGGUUUUAUUGGGUGGAUUUGAAGAAUGUAAUAUUACGAUAGCAGGUGUCGCUAUUCCUGACGUGGAUCGUAGAUAAUGGCGCGUUCUGUUAGUUUUGUAGAUCUAUUCUUGCGAACCUUGGCAUGAUAACGUGUGCGGGGAAGACCCGGCUGACAGUAUCAAGGGAAGCAGGAGACUUUAGCGCUAAGCUCUAGACUAAUUGUUGACUGCAUGCGGGAAGCUCUUAAGGAAGUGUCCAAGGAACGUAUCUGGUGCUAUC